GUCGACUUCGGUGGGCGAUCCGGAGCACCGUGCUUUCCUUCGGUCCGCUCUCAGUUUCAAUCGCGCGCUCCGAGCUUGCUCCGAGAGCGCGAGGAGAGAUCCGCGGUGAUCCGGUGAUCGAGGCAAUUCUACCGUCGCGAUCGAUCGCGGGAACGUAACCGACAGCUGCCUAGAUCGCAAUGGUCCGACGGAGAGUUUGAAAUGAUCGAUUGGUUGGUCAGAUGAGCGGGGAGAGGCCGGAGUCCACGAUCGAUCCGAUCGAUUCUCGAUCGCGAAGGUGCCUGCCACCGGUUUGGUUCUCCAAGGGAGACCGGCCGUCUUCGUGCGACAUUGACUCGCGUGCAACACGUGUCUCGUGACGGAAUCGCAAAUGAAAAUCGAAUUCAGUCGGACAUGGUAAACGAGCUGAUCUGGCAGUGAAUAGAAACCGCAUUGGACCAUACUGGAGAACGUCGUAUUCAAUCGCAGGCACGUGAUCGUCGCAGAUAGACUACGACAUUAGGCGACACGAUUCGCUAUACGCGUAUCUUUUUCGUUGUUAAAGGGACCAUCUGAGUCCGGUAAGCUCCGUGCACGGCUAGACUUUUACAUCUGUCUGCGAUAAAGCUCCGAGACAGCUCAAAUUCGAAAUUGUCCGCUCGUGCGUAGUGGCUCUCUCGAGCGGAAAACACGUGACAUUUCUUCGCUGGAUCAGACGGCUUUUCCAUCUAUAUGGAAAGCUCUCGAUACCUCUACGUCAGUCGACCGGCCUCUCCCAGCGCCUGAUUGGCGAACUUCGGCAAAGGACGGCACGGAAACUGUUGUUAAUUAUAAUGGAAUCGUGAAUUCUCUUCGUCGUAAGAUCUCUUCGAAAUGUUUGGCGAAGUUUGAAUCGACUUCUUUGUAAUGUGUGUAGUAAUUAAAUACCCGUGAAUUAUCACGAGUAUCGUCAUUCAAAAACGAUGCAGAGUGAGCAAACUUUACAAUGAGAAUGUUGUCGGCAAGCUCACGACGUCAGGCGGGAUUGCUGCUUUGCAAUUUGGCGAAACAACUUGAUUGAUUCUUCGUUAUUCUGGCACACGUAGUUACGCUAUGAUGAAUUUCGAGCGCAGUUCGAAAUGAUCGGAGACCGAUGACUGAGAAAUUAAUUUGACGAAAAAAAUCGGACACGUGUAAUUUUAUGAGUCCCGUUUGAUCACGACUUCGUGAUGAAUGAGGGCAUGGUGCGCUUGGGAUUUUUCAUAAUUACCGGCACGACAGAAGCCGCGAAGAAACUCCUGAUCGCAAGGUAUCGUUUGACACUUCAACGUGGAGAAAAUAUCACAUAUGUCUUUUUUCUUACGAAUACAUCAACGCGAUUAUCCGCAUCAGACUAUUAUUAGGACGAGUUCUGUUGGACCCUCUUGUUAAAUGUGACGAACAUCGUUGUGUUUCUCUAGAACGUAGCGCAUCCGGAAUGUCCCGGGUAAGGUCGAGGGGUGACUAAAAUGUGGAGGUAAACCAACCAGGUGGGUGUGAGUAGCCGCGAGUGACUCGUGUUCGAGCCGGCCGUAAAUCGGGAAGAUGCGGCGCGACGCGUAAUCGGGCGACAGCUUCGACGAUAAAGUGUAACGAGGUGCGCCGAGUGCGCGAUGGCGUCGCGGACGAGAAAAUGGUGUUUCGUGAGUGGUGUCUUGGUGCGGCUCACGCUGACUUUGUCGGGCUUGUGCGCGAGUCGUUGCGCGGUGACGGUGCCGAGCGCGAAGGAGUGCAAUGGCGCGUUGGUGCAGCCCAAGGAGGUGAGGCUGGCGGUGAUCGCACCUGGCGAUCCUCACCAUGAGCAGAGCCUGCCGCGGGUGUUGCCGGCGGUGCUGUUGGCGGUGAGAUCCGUCAGCUCACCCAAGGGACCUCUAGCGGGAUGGGACAUCAAGGUGGACCAUCGCGACUCGCAUUGCUCCAGCACUUACGGGCCCCUGGCCGCAUUCGACUUUUACAUCAACCAAACAGCAGACGCCUUCCUGGGUCCCGUGUGCGACUAUGUGAUCGCACCUGUGGCCAGGUACGCGGGUGUCUGGAGUAUACCGGUGCUGACGGCGGGCGCGCAAGCGGAGGCGUUCCGUCACAAGGGCGAGCAUUAUCCGACGUUAACCAGGAUGAUGGGCUCCCAUCGUCUGGUGGGCGAGGCACUGAGACACAUCCUGCGGCGUUUCGGAUGGAAAAUCGCCGGUCUGCUGUUCCACAAUCACGCGAUGGCUAGCAGCAGGGGCAAUUCCGAGUGCCAUUUCACGCUCGGCGCCGUUUUCACGGCGCUCAACCAGACGCCGGUGCACAAAAGCUUCAACCAGGAGACGACUACCGCCGAGGAUUACAGGAAUCUGCUGACUUUCGUCUCGAAAUCCGCAAGGAUAGGGCAAGCACAUCGGCGGAUAAUUACCCGUAAGUCAAUCGCCGUCGUAGUGAUGUGCGCUAAUUCAACGACCAUCCGGGAAAUAUUGCUGGCUGCCGAGGAGCUCGGGAUGGUGGACUCGGGGGAGUACGUGUUCUUCUCCAUAGAGCUCUCCUCUAGCGACAACAAUUCCAAAGAACCGUGGAGGGUCGAAGACGACACCGACGAGAGAAACGAGAAAGCCCGAAAGGCUUAUCAGGCCUUGCUCACGGUGACGGCGCGUACGCCCGACAACAUGGAGUACCUCAACUUCUCGCGCGAGGUUAAAUCCUUGGCGCAGAGCAAAUACAACUUCACCUUUGGUAACAGCUCAGUCUCCACCUUCGUGACGGCGUUUUACGAUGCCGUGCUGCUUUAUGCCCUCGCCCUUAAGGAGAGCCUACCGAAGAAGGCGGGUGAGGUCAACUUAGACGGCGGUAAUCUGACCCGGAGAAUGUGGGGAAAGAGUUUCAAGGGAAUAACCGGAGACGUAAACAUCGAUGAGAACGGCGACAGGAUCGCGGAUUACUCUCUGUUGGACAUGGAUCCGGAAACUUCUAAAUUCGAGAUCGUGGCUAAUUAUUACGGCGCGAAUAAAACGCUGGAGUACAUCCCUGGGAAGCAAAUUCACUGGGCUGGUGGACGUCUAGGACCGCCUCCGGAUACGCCUACUUGUGGAUUUGACGGCUCGUUAUGUCCUGAUAAUUCUCUCCCGGGAUACGCCAUUGUCUCCAUUGUAUCGAUGAGCUCCGUCGUGCUCGCUUUCAUCAUUGGCUCGGUGUUUGUUUAUCGGCGCUUCAGAUUGGAAGCGGAAAUUGCCUCUAUGACGUGGAAAGUGCAUUGGGACGACGUGAUGGUAUUGUCGAACGUGAAAACAAGGGGCUCCAUGUACUCGCUGAUCGCGCAUAAGUUUCGCGGUAGCCAACUGACUAUAUAUUCGGAGGAUAACAUGAGCAUGCCGGAUGGUGUUGACAGGAACGUCUAUGUACCGACGGGAUUAUACAAGAACUCGAAAGUGGCGAUAAAAGAGAUACCGCGGAACAAGGUGGAGAUCUCGAGACCUCUGUUGCUGGAAUUAAAGCGGAUGAAGGACCUUCAGCACGAUCAUUUAGUACGAUUUUACGGUGCUUGCCUGGAGCCGCCACAUUGCUGCCUACUGACAGAAUAUUGCCCCAAAGGAUCCCUUCAGGAUAUACUAGAGAAUGACCAGAUAAAACUCGAUCACGUGUUCAAAAGAUCAUUGGUACACGAUAUCGUCCGCGGCAUGGCCUAUCUCCAUACGUCGGAGGUGAAGAGUCACGGUAAUCUCAAAUCCUCGAAUUGCGUCGUUGAUUCGCGAUUCGUCCUGAAAAUCGCCGACUUCGGCUUGCACGAGCUCCGCAGGUCAAGCGCGACGGACACGGACAUGGACAAGAACAGCUACGCCUACUGGAGAAAACAGCUGUGGACAGCUCCAGAGCUGCUGCGAAUGGAAAGACGACCGCCCGAGGGUACUCAGAAAGGCGACGUGUAUAGCUUCGCUAUCAUCGUUCACGAGAUCGUGAUGCGCCAAGGGCCAUUCUACCUGGGGGACAAUAACAAUCUAUCUCCUAAGGAAAUAGUGGAGGGGGUCAGAAGAGGCGGCGGUUCGCCCCUCAGGCCUGUAAUCGAUGAAGCGACCGUGGUGGAGGAAGAGGUGGCCACUCUAAUGAGACGAUGCUGGGCGCAAGACUCCGCGGACAGACCGGAUUUUCCCGCGCUGAAGCAGACCAUCCGUAAACUUAAUAAAGACGCGAGCAGCAACAUUCUGGACAAUUUGCUGUCCCGUAUGGAGCAGUACGCCACGAAUUUGGAAACGCUGGUGGAGGAACGCACGGCGGAUUACCUCGAGGAGAAACGUAAAUGCGAGGAGCUCCUUUACCAGUUGCUACCGAAAUCAGUGGCGUCCCAGCUGAUCCUCGGACAAAGCGUAAUCGCGGAGACAUACGAUCAGGUGACAAUCUACUUCAGCGAUAUUGUCGGUUUCACGAGCCUGUCGGCUCAAAGCACGCCGCUGCAGGUGGUCGAUCUGCUCAACGAUCUCUACACGUGCUUCGACUCCAUCAUCGAGAACUUCGACGUUUACAAGGUGGAAACGAUAGGGGAUGCCUACAUGGUCGUGUCGGGAUUGCCAGUAAGGAACGGCAUGAAUCACGCCAGAGAGAUCGCGAGGAUGAGUUUAGCUCUCAGGGAUACGGUAAUGACUUUCAGCAUUCGCCAUAGACCGAAAGAACAAUUGAAGCUUCGGAUUGGCAUGCAUUCCGGACCAUGCGUGGCCGGCGUCGUGGGACUCAAAAUGCCCAGAUACUGCCUGUUCGGAGACACCGUCAACACAGCUUCCAGAAUGGAGAGUAAUGGAGAAGCUUUGAUGAUCCACGUCAGUCCGAAGACGAAGGAGAUCUUGGACACAUUCGGCACGUUCGAUCUCGUGUGCAGGGGAGAGGUCACACUGAAGGGUAAAGGCACCAUGACCACUUACUGGCUGAUGGGCGAGAAACCGAUUAACAACAACGUGCAACAGACGAAUCCCACGACGACAAUCGGCCAGAUAUCGCCGCCGCAGGAUCAGCUCGCCGUCACGACGCAGCUGCCGAAGCAACAGGAGCAACGGGGUCCCCCCGCAAUCCAGCACAAACAUCAGGGUCACUCGGAUCUUGAAGUCUCCACCGGCUGGCCAGACGGCCAAUCGAUCCAGUCGAGGAAUCAAGAGCCACGACCGGGUCAUCCGGGUCAGCAGAGGCCGCAGGAGCCGCAGCAACAACAGCAGCAGCAGCAGCCGGCGACGCAACCGCGAAGUCAAGCGCAGGCCAAUCGCCGGUCCGGCUCGGAAUCACCGGUUCCGCCGAUUCAACACCAGAAAGUCGCGGUAAAUCCCGUUUGCGGCCUAUCUGUGACCGGGAAUGGCGCGCCCAAGACCGUGUCGUCCCGUGUGGUCGCGGGCCCGAUCGGCAACUCGUCGCCGUCUCGCAACAGCGCCAACAACCCCAUGCACCAGGUCUACCCUGCGGCCGAGAGCAUGCCCAAUCACACCGAAAGCGGCCCCAACGCGCCGCUUCUGCUACCUGCCGGCGCGAUACCCAGAGUUUAGCUCUCUUAAAGUGGUCCAUCCGCCUGGCCGACCGUGUCCGCCUUGCCAGAAGGAUGAUGGAUUUUGAGAACGAACGACAGCCGAUCGAUUGGCUUGGAUCCGUCAGGCUAUGGAACAGUCAGGCUUCGUCAGUCGCGGGCGACAAGAUCGGGCUGGAAACGUAGGAUUCUCUGUCGAUAGACAGAUCGCGAGCGACGUCGCAAAAGUUUGCGCAGCUUAGACUCCUCGUUUCAGGUAUCGUUGAGGCGAACUCGCAAACAUAUCGGGGCUACGACAGAUUCCGUUUGUCCAACUCGCGAGCCUCCUCGCGGACGUUUGUUCACCCGGACGUUGGUUCGGGCGUCGAACCGGUCGUCACCUUUGUCACCUGCCAAGGAACUCCCGUCGUUAAACCGAGAUAUUCGAGUCAAUCGGUGCCGAUAGAGAGGUACGCUUCGAAUACUCGCGCGACGUAAGAGUUCCAACUGUAUACACUUUACUGAAACACAGUAUUCGCAUCGUUGGUGAUAGCCUGGCAAGGCGCGAUCUCGGUGAGCCGAGGCCCCCGACUACAAGUUUGCUGAAAGUGAUCUCUUCCUACAAGGUAUUAUGGAACCAACGUCUACCGAUUACGAUUAGGAUAAUUUAGGACAAUUUAGGAGCACCGCCGUACGAGAACCUACGUGUGUUUCUAUCUCUUUAUUUUCCCCGAUUCUCCCUCCCGCCCUUCCAUUCACCCUCACCCUCCCUGCUCUUCGCAAGUGGGCGAGCGAUGACUGUGCGAGAUUUUGCUUUUUUCAAUCAUUCGAGAAUCGAUCGUUUCCCCUCGAUGAUAUCCUUCGUCCGAUAGCUGGCGACGAAGCAGACCUCGUCGGUCGCAUACCCUCUCUUAUCCUAACCUCCUUCCUCUUUCCUGAUCCCGUACACGACCGACGAUGCACUUUUGCCGAGAGUACUUAUCGUCUCUUGUAUAUGGGCACAGUAUUAUACACCGAUCGCGUAUGCACUCUCGCGCGCGUUUUAUUUAUAUUCGGUUCGAAGCGCAAGCGGGGUCGUUCGCGCGUCUCCCGUUAACCGCGGCCCCCACGAGAUUAAUUUACAGCGGCGUGUAAUAUGUAGCGGGCUUAGCUUCGGUAAAGGUUUACCGUGUUGUCCGCGGCCAACACCUGUCCCCGUUGUGAACCCGUCGCACGCCGAUUCGAUUGAGAUUUGCUCGCGAACGUAGGCGGACGUAGCCUCGUCUCCUCUUUCCCCGAAAGAGCUUCAAGUCCCACCGGGUUCGGCGAAUCGCGAUCAGCUGAACGAUAUGCUCUCUUCCUACCUCUGUGUUGCGUCACCGCGGCCGCGCUUAGAGAAACAGGAGGAAAUGACACGCCGAAGGUACAGCUCAUAUCGACGUUGACGCAGUCGACCGUAAUAGAAGCGACUCCCGUGCGCGAAAAGUGCGCAAACAGGCAAUUUCCGUGCGAUCAGUUGCGUCUUCUUAAACGAAGUUACGAGAGAAGCGCGAUCUCUUCUAGCAAAGUAUUCCCCUGUUCAUCUCUCUCUCUCUUUCUCCGCCUCUUGCCGUUUUCCUCUUAGUUUCGCCUGCGAUCGCGAAUCACGAAUGUACGAAUGUCGCGAGCCGUGUGUUAUAGGUCGGCUACAGUGUUUCUCGUUGCAUGCCCAAACAUGACAAAUAUUACCAUUCGCGAUAUGCGCGCGCUCGCGCGACAUGGAAUUACGUACCUACACGUAAGGUGUUAUAUAUAAAUAUACAAAGAGAGAGGAAAGAAUACAGAGAUUAUAUAUGUAUACACACAGGUAUAUAUGUAUAUGUUUACGAGAAAAUAGAUUAUAUAUAUAUGUAUAUGGCUGCGAAACCCAGAAAAAAAAGAGUUACCGUAGCUACGUCGAUGUUUAGGGCCACUCGUAGCGAGCGCGGAGGCUGGGCCUCUCGCGAAGCGAGUCUACGACGUGUCUGGGAAAUAAUAUAUCGUAUGACAUGUACGGCUGUGUGCAAAUACACGCGCUUAUACACGGGAAGAGCGGGUGUGCGCACGUGCGGCGGCGGUGGCGCGCGAUUGCAUACACAUGCUGCAUUUCACGUAUGGCCGACGAACGGCGCAAGUAGCUGAUUAUUUCUUCGCAGUUGUGCCCCGUUGUAAACGUUGCGACGCGGCAAGAAUACGCGCGCGUGCACGCGUACAUACCGGAUGCGAUGCAUCGCGAGGAGUGGACUUCUAUCUGUGUCAAUCUCUCUUUUAAUGAUGUACCAAUCAAUACAUAUACAUAUAUAUUCCGAAGAAAAAGGAACAAAUAAAGUUUAGUCGUUUUCAA